UCUACGAGAGAUCAUCCACCCUUUUUAGUGUCUUCCGAGUAACUGAAUGUGGGGGGAAGUAUAGUCGCUGAUACUGCUUUAUCUCUCAGUGCGAGCGAGUAUAUACAUUUCACCAACACCAGCUGCUCCUGCUGCUGCUGCUAACGUCUGUUUGUGAGUGUGUGUGCGUAUGUGUUUCUCUCGCUCUCUCUCUCUCUACCUCAUCCCCCUCUCUUUCUCUCUCACUCACAGACACAAGGAGGUAGCAGGGAGAUCUAUUAAAGACUCGUUCGUGAGAUGUGAUUCAACCGAGGAAAGCGCCAUUUUGAAAGUCCUCAUUUAAUCCAACAUCCUGCCCGCAACGAUGCCGACGUUCAGGGAGCGAAUCACCCGGAAAAAGAUCGUAGACUUCGGCGGCAGCGAGCUCAGGAGAGCCCUGACCUUCUUUGACCUGACCCUCCUGGGUAUCGGGUCGACUAUAGGCGUGGGGUUCUACGUCCUGGUCGGAGAGGUCGCUAUAUAUACGGGUCCGGCGGUGGUCGUGUCAUUUCUGAUUGCUGGGAUUGCAUCUUUAUUUGCUGGUCUAUGCUAUGCAGAGUUCGGAGCGAGAGUUCCCAAAGCUGGGUCAGCCUACAUCUACAGCUAUGUUUGUGUUGGAGAAUGUGUUGCCUUCGUAAUCGGAUGGAAUCUCGUCUUGGAAUAUAUAAUCGGGGCCUCAAGUGUGGCGAGAGGAUUUAGCAGUUACAUAGACGUCCUGGGAAACAAAGUCAUGUCAGAAUGGCUGACGGAGAACUUGCCUAUCAAUGUCAGUUUCCUUUCUGAUUAUCCGGAUUUCUUAUCCUUCGCUAUGAUUAUCCUCAUAUCUGGAUUAUUAGCUAUUGGAAUUAAAGAGUCGUCGACGGUCAACAAUGUUUUUUCCAGCCUCAACCUGGUCAUCGUGAUAUACGUCAUCAUUGCUGCUGCUAUUGAUGCUGACAUCUCGAACUGGCAACUGUCCAAAAAUGACACCCUGACGCUGUGUAACACAACCGAGGGUGACAAAGAUUGGGGCGAAGGUGGUUUCGCCCCCCACGGUUUCGCCGGCAUCAUGAACGGUGCCGCCACCUGCUUUUUCGGUUUCGUGGGCUUCGACUGCAUUGCUACGACUGGAGAAGAGGCGAUUAAUCCAUCACGCAACAUCCCACUCUCGAUCACCGUCUCCCUGUUGGUCAUCUUCCUGGCUUAUUUCGGAAUGUCUGCAACUGUGACGUUGUCCAUGCCCUACUGCGCACUGGAUCCAGACGCUGCUCUGGUCGCUUAUUUCGACGACAAAGGUUUGCAGGUGUCAAAAUGGAUUGUCAGCAUUGGAGCGCUUUUCGGAUUCUCUGCCAGUAUGGUUGGCGUUCUCUUGCCUCUCCCAAGGAUCAUCUAUGCCAUGGCGAACGAUGGCAUCAUAUUCAGGUUCCUUUCCAAGAUCAACAAGCGGUUCAAGACGCCUCUAAUGGCCACUUUCCUCACUGGAUUACUCGCUGGGCUACUGGCGAUGCUAUUCGAUCUCCAGGCUCUUGUUGACAUGAUGAGCAUUGGAACCCUGAUGGCUUACACCAUUGUUGCUGUGUCAGUGAUGCUUCUCAGGUUCACCCCAGAUACAGAAGACGAGGAGCCCGAGAGUCUGGUGGAGACAGCGAAGAAGAAAGUCUCCACAAGUUCCCCGUCAUACUCAAGGAAUCAAGUCAUGAGGCAGUUAUUCAAUCUGGACAAGCACAGAGAACCUACAGAACUCUCCAGUACUGUGGCAAGUUAUGGGACUUUGGCAUAUUGUAUACUGAUAGCCAUACUAUGCGGCCUGCUUGUCAUCCUUCGAGAACAACUCUCCCAAGGUGAUGCUGGGGCUAUUGUCAGCAUUGUUAUUAUGGUGGUUCUCAAUGUCUUCAUUAUCGUGAUCAUAGCAAUGCAACCACAGUCCAAGAAAGGUCUUUCCUUCCAGGUCCCUCUGGUCCCGUGGAUGCCUGCAGUAAGCGCCUUCAUCAAUUUCUACCUCAUGUUCAAUCUGUCUACAGACACGUGGAUUCGAUUUGCAAUCUGGAUGGGAAUCGGUUUUCCCAUCUACUUCUUCUAUGGAAUGAGCCACAGCUCAGAAGAACUUAGAGCGAAAGGGCGUUUAUUUGGAAUUGACAACCCAGGUGGCCCAGGAAGACCCCACUCGUUCGUCAUUCCCACAAUUAACGUUCAGCUAGCUACACCAAUCAGUACUGCCCCUAAUACCCCAAAGGGCAUCAGAAUAGAAAAGAAGCCACCUAAGCCCAUAUCGCCUCUGGCACUUGAAGAAGCUGUUAAAAACAUUCCAGAUGCAGAGGAGAAGGAGAAUGAGGUUCAGAAAGCUUUAGAAUCACUAGAUAAUGUAGUUAAUGGCUCUUUCCCACCAAACGAACCAGAAGAUGAGACUGAAAUGGUGGAACUAGAAAAUGUCACUAGCAGUGCACCAGAGGGUAUGGUUUCAGCAGCCCCUGUAAGCGAAGACGCAAAUCACCAGGACCUACCAGAUUCGGCUGAUGGCGUUAACUCUCCCACUGAAUUUCAGUCACAGAGUUCCAUUAGUCAAGCUGAUGACGAAAAGACGGAGAAUGCUGUAGGUGCUGAAAAUGAAAACGAUGAGGAACAAAAGAAUGGAAAUUUAGAGAGGGAGAAAUCGGCGGGGGCAAGGAUAAACAGUAUGCCAAAAUCACUAGCUAUUGUGAUGUCUCAGCUCCUCCAGAGUGUCCCAAAAGCCGCAGCAGUUGACAGUGAAAAAGUUGAUAAAAAGAAACCUGAGCCAUUAGUCCUUUCAAACAGCAAUUCUUCGAACACCCCUCCUUUAAGUAGUUCUACUUCCGUAAUUCAAAAUUCAACGCCAUCUCCGACAACUCCAAGUUCUCUCACUUCUAGAAGUAGCGUCCCUAACACUCCAGUAACAAGACGACACCCUACUAAGAUUCUCAAGAGAGGCUCUAGCUUUGACGAAAUCCCUCCAUCUUCGGCAGACAGCCCUCUAGCCCGGCGAGUAGACAAAUUCUUUAUCAUACCAGUCAAAGAACCAGACCUGUCUGACAGUGACAGCAGUCCUCUUCCUUCUCCUUCACCCAGCAGUAGUUCAAAAGGACAGGACGCUUUAAUGAGCGAACUUAAAAGCAGGAUUAAAAAUCUGCAAGAGUCAGAGAAUACGAAAAAAGAGGAGGAUAGUACAGAUAGCAAAAUAGUGCAUGCUGGAAGUCAAGAUACUUUGGAAAAGGUUGGCAGUUCCAGUGACCCUCCAGCAAGUCCUGCAGUAAGCCCUGUGAGGGAAUACAAACGCCUGGGUAGUAAAGAAAUGUCAUUCUUAGGUGAAGGGCUGGACACUAUUCGUGAACGUGGUGAGAGCAGUAUAAGUGUCGAAGAUACUCUUCCAGUGUCUAGUGCAGCUAGAGAAAAAGAUCAGAAGAUGGAGGUAAGAAAGGCUGACGACAAAACACCGACAACUAUACCUAUUAUUGGAAAAAGUGACUCGAAGAAAGAAGAUUCAACGUCUAGUGGGAAGAUAACUAAAGAAUCUACAGAAACCGAGAGAGAAGACACCCAGAGCUCUGGACGUCCCAAGUCUCCCCAACCAAGCAAUGAGAAUGUCAAUAAGCUUAAGGCCUUGUUUGGGAGUUAAACAAACUAAGCCACGUAAAGAAUCAUUGCCAUUAUUUGACCCUGAGUAGGGAGAACCGUUAUUGCCUUACAUGUAGGCAUAUUUCCCUGCAUAUUUCUUGAAGGUCGUAAAUAAAUGUAACUCCAAUCAAAUGCAUUUCAUGUUUUACAUCUGUGCUCAAUACAUAGAUGCUAAUUUUAUAUUAUGUGCACCUUCAUUUGUAUAAGUUCCAUAGGUAUACGCCAUUGAAAAGUUUUUUUUUUUAAUACUAGUAAGACGAUUAGAGUAAGAAAUCACCCAAGAUAUAAAUGUUACCUAGAAUUUCUUUACAUCUACUUCCUCACACACCAUAAUGUUCCAUUUCAUUGCUUAACUCCUGUAGACUAAUCAUGUCUCCCGUUUGAACGAAAAUCGUGAUGAUACAGAUGUAAACUUCCACAGGCAACUGUACUCAUUUGACCCCUCCCAAUGUACAGAAUAAAACAAGAAAAUCAGUAGACAUUUUGUAAUUUUUCGAUGGGUUACAUCAUAACCCACGUUUUUAAUAUUAUACUUCCAUCUUUUCUUUAUCUGUAGAGCAUUUCUUUUUAAUUCUUUAAAAUUUUUAUAACGCACAUUCCACGACUUACCCGUGUUAAAAAUGCUGAUUUUGCAUAUUCGUAUUCUACUGAAGUAACUCAUGUUUUUUUUAGUCAUCAAACAUUUCUCCCUGCUUUAGAUCCAAUAAAAUUAAUAACUAAUUGUCAAUUAGGAUAAUAAUCCAAGUAGUUACUUAUAAGCUAUGGACUAUGCAACAGUGUGGAAGAGUUUAAAAGAAAGCUAGACAAAAUCUUUAGAACUAUGUGAAUGAACAGUUAAAUUGCUCCUACAGAUAAGUAAGGACACGAUGUCUCCUCGGAUGGACUAACAAGUUUUUGAGACAUCCUAAUCCUUGUAACUCCUUGUAACGUAUAAAUUUUCGAUCAUAUUAUUUUCCAGAAUAUCAAACUCGUUUUACUUAACAUUCAACUGUCAUCUAUCAUCUAACACUUUAUUAGCGCUAUUUUUGUCUUAUCAAUUUCUCAUUAUUACUUUUGAUAAAAUAAGAAACUGUUCUAUGAUGUAAGCUAUCAAUACGUUCUAUUCAUCCUCUCAAAACAUAAUAUAUAUAUAUAUAUAUAUAUAUAUAUAUAUAUAUAU